AUGGUUGGUUACUGUUAUAUUUGCAAAACCGAAGCAGGAGAAGAAAGUAACGUGUCCUUUCACAGGUUACCAAAAAAUGAAGAGAAGAUUUCUGAAAGCAGGAGCUUGGCCAUCUGUACUGAGUAUAUUUCAUAUGAGUACACAAUAAAAAAACACACACACACAGUUUUACGAUACUAUAUAUUGUUUUUAUAUUUUAGAAAAAAUACCAAGAGCACUUUUAGUAAUACAAAUACUGACGAAGAUAAAGAUAAUAAAAAUAUUAAAACGGAGCCAAGCGUGGCAUCAGAAGAUGAAGCAUAUGAAUUCACAGAGAGAAGUGACACCGAACUAUAUACAAACGUAAUAUCAAAUGCAGCACAUGAAACCACAAAUAUUGAAGGAACUGCAAUAGAUUUUGGGAUUGUAAAAGAUGAACAUCUAAGCAUAAGUGACACCGAACUAUAUACAAACGAAAUAUCAAAUGUAGCACAUGAAACCACAAAUACUGAAGGAACUGCAAUAGAUUUUGAGAUUGUAAAAGAUGAACAUCUAAGCACAAGUGACACCAAAUUAUAUACAAGUGCAACAUCAGACGUAACACAUGAAACCACAAAUAUUGGGGAAACUAUAAUAGAUAAUGGAAUUGUAAAAUAUGAAUAUCAAAAGAGAAAUGACACCGAACUAUGUACAAGCGUGACAUCAGAUGUAGAACGUGAAUCCAUAAAUAGCGAGAAAACUGUAAUAGAUGAUGAGAUUGCAAGAGAUGAACAGCUAAAGAGGAAAAUAGGUCAGCCUGAAAGUAACAAAAAGCGUUUGCUCACUCCGAGAUAUGUCGGAGACAUACGCCGAGAGGAUUUUACUUCAAAUGAUACUUGGUACAUCUUUCAAGAAUAUUUAACGAAAACCAAGAGUAAAAUGAAACAGCUUGAUGACAAAGUGAGAUAUUUAAAUACAAAAGUAGGAAAUUUACAAGAAAUGAUGGAUGAUCUUAAAAAACGUGGACUUUUUUCUCGUGAUGCUUUGGAUUUGAUAAAGAAUUACAAACUUACAGCACGGAGGCCAAAUUCUAAAGGAAAACGUAAAACAAAUAAGAAGUUUCCACAAUCGAAUUGCGAGUGACGAUUGUUAUGCAAAAAGGCUGCAAAAACAGAAGAAUUCAAAGUCGAAAAAAUAAGAAUCACUUAUUAUAAUGGGAACGAGACCGUGAAAUUAAUAUCAUGGUUCAUAUCUUUUACAAUAUAUUUUUAUUCUCCUCUC